GAAUAUAUCAUUUUGAAUUCUGGAUGGCAAUAUGGAAGAUAUGAUGUUGAUGAAACGGUUCGUAAUUUGGCUCCGAUUAGCGAUAGCAUUUGGAUCCAAUGAUACGGACUUGCAGAGUCUAGUUAUCUCUUCACAGCAAUCUAACUGGGACACCUCGCAUACAUCUUGUCACUAUCUGGCAGGUGAAGAUGUAUUUUGUACUGAAUACAACACUAGCCAGGAAUGUAGACCGGAAGUCGCAGACUUUUACGACAUGAGUGGUUUACCAGAAACGUUUACAGCCUGGAUUGAUUCUUUCCUACAGACGUCAUACAGUAUUACAUUCGAUGGUUGUUACGAGGUAAAACUUGACGACAGUACCGUUAGCAGUCUUAUAAAGUAUAAAACUGUUGCUGACCUAAAAGAAUGUGCCAUGUCGUGUUCAAAUGUUAUUGUAGACAUUGGUUGGGUGGACGGGGAUUGUUUUUGUAUUAUGGAUGGUGCAGUCAGCCGUGUAUCCACCAUGACGGCUUUACUGUCACCCAUUCAGUGUACAGAUGAAGAUUUGAACAGAAAUAACACGGUCAUUAACCUGUACAAGAGAAUAAAACGUAUCAAUUUGAUUGAUAAAAGAUGUCCAGUUGGGUCUUAUCUUGGUGGUUAUAGACACGUCUUUUCGGGUAUGAUCAACUGCGAGGAAUCUCUUAAAUAUUAUUGCAACAAUUCUAACCACGUAUUUGGACCGGAUACUUGGAAUGAAGCCGUGGAUAAUUGUACUAGUAUGUCUGGAAGAUUGAUCAACAGAAAAGAAGUUUUUAAUAAGCAUCCAGGCGAAGCCAUUCAGUACUGGGUCAAUGAAAUCAUAGUGGAGAAGCUGGCGUUUAGUACACGAAAGAUUCAAGAUACACUGUGUACAGCUUUAUUAAGAGAUGGAAGUGGACUUUUUAGAUUUUCUUUGUUAAACUGUUCGCUCGAACUACAAAGUUUAUGUGUAGAGCAAGAGAAAGCUGACUUAGAAGCCUUAUCCACAGAAGAAACAUCAAAAGAGGAUAACACAAAGAAACCUACACUGAAUAGACAUUCAACUUCCGAAAUUGUAACGGAUGAGCAUAAUGCAAUUUGGAAGUCAGUUACAGCUCCUAGUGAGACAUCUGAAGAGCAGAAUCCACCAACACCUGAGAGUGACGUGGUUGAUGGUGACAAUGUUAGUGCAGGCGGGAUUGCGAUAGGAAUUACUGUUGUUAUCGUCUGUAUUGUUGUUGCAAUAGUUUGUUAUCGAAGAAAGAAAAAAAAGCAAUUAGAAGAGAAACUGAAGUAUAGAAAAUUGCAAAUGGAGUUCAAGCCGAAUAAAGUCGAAUCCGACGGCAUGUUGACUCAAAACCUACGGUACCUUCCGUCAGUUAUUACAUAUCCAUCUGGUUACAACGUUAGUAAUUUGAAAAUACCGGAUGAUGUAAGUGUAGAACAGAUGGAAGUUAAUGCCACAAUACAUAAAGAGAAUAGUAUUCUGGGAAAUCCUGAAGAAAACGUCGGCCAAUCAAAAGCUCAAGAAGAGUCUGUUUAUCCGGAAAAGGUACAAUUUGCUAAAAAGGGUAGUAAGACAGAAUUUGAACCUGGUAAAAACGGUGAUGAAAACAAUUCUGAUAACUCCGGCAGUGAUGAUGGUCGAUACAUAUCUUUGGUUAUAAACCAAGAUAAAGCAAGUGAUGACGACGAUCGCUACAUAUCAAUUGUAUCCCCACAAUUCGAUAUUGACAGAGACAACGUGUUUCUAGGAGAUAACAUUGAAACCAAAGGAGAAGAUAUAGGAGAGAGUGGUUUACUGAAAAACGGUCUAAUGGUAGCUGAUGAAGACGAGGAGAAUAUAAACGGGGAAUCAAAUGAAGGAAAGUACAAUACUGAAAUUCAAACUAAAGAAAACGGGGGUUCUUAUGAAGAAACUGACAACGAUAGAGUCCGGGCAGAUAUACAAGAGAUGAAGGACGAGGAUGACGCAGACGAAGGACAAGCAAAGGGCAAUCAUGGCGAAGUAGACAUUUCUAAGCUACGAGCAUUGAUAGAAGAUGAAAAUGGUGCACCUGAUAUGGCAUCGCAUAUACUCAGGAACUUUUCCAUGAAUGACAGAAUUGACAGUGCCAUAUUCAAAUAAUGAGAUACUUUUGUUAUACCAUCUUGAUAUCCGGGCCUUCAAAUAACUAUAUCAUUUACAGUAGGAGUGUUUACCCUCGGGAGUUUUUGUUCUUAAUAACAAAUAUGUUUAAUGCUUAAAGACAGUGAUAUAACUGUGACGUUUCAAUUGUACUUUGUUCUUUCACGAUAUAUAACAUGAUGAUUACCUUCAUAUUUUGCGUGAGGCUUUUCUUGAAAAAAAAAUGUGAUCGUCACUUACUUUCAGUUCGUACAUUUUCCACAAAACAAGAUUUCAAUCAAAUGAAGUAAGCUAUCAAACUAUUAAAGUAUUCAUAAUGUAAAGUUUACGUCAUCACUUGAAAUGAAUUAUAGACACAAUCAUUGGUUGACUGUUAUGGAAUAUUCGCGCUAGAGAUGACCACAGAUUUAAUCCAAUAGACCACUUUCGAGUUCGAUGCAUUUCCGUCAAAAACUUUGGUUAUAGUGAACAUCAUUCAUGCGUUUAGGGGCAUCGUCACUUCCUUCCCAUGUUGAGCGAGCGGUCGAAAAAAUAUGAUGCUAUAUUGCACGAAUUAUUAGGCAAAUCAAAUUCUUAUAAUUGACAAUCAGCACGGCUGUCAUUAGGGAAUUGUGAUUAAAUACCUACGGAACAACAAUUAUUUCUAGUUUAUCCUGCAUAAUGACAUCACGAAGACGCUUGAUGAACUUUAGUACUGCAGGGAUACAUCUCUAUCUGGUAAAUGACGUCAUAACGGCGCGCAUAAUUGACGAACCUUUCCGGUGAAGGACAUAACUCGAAAGUGGUCUAUUGUCGUACUCCCAUUGGGUUCCCUUCUAAUCCAAUUCGAAUGUUUCACCAGAAUGUUACUUGCUGUUAGCAUCAUGACCGUAACCACUACUGGAGUAAUAACUGCUUAAUCUUUCGAAGCAACUUGGUUCACAUCCGUUGCUCAAUUUUAGUUUUCUGUGUAUUAUUUUGUAGAAAGUUUUUUAUUUGUUUGUAUUUGUUUGUCCAUGGUAUUUUGUGUCUCUUUUUGAUGUAUAUCUGGGGUUUUUUUUAUUUCCCCAAUCGUUACGUUAUUUUUACUAGUUUUAAGUGUAUUCAAUUGUUAUUUUUUCUUUUGGAAUUGAUUUUUAUUGCAAAACGUUGCAUACUAGAUAACUCAGUAAUUUUAUAAUACAAUAACUAUGCUGUCACGUUGUUCACUAACAAAAACAUUGUAAAUAUACCUCUUCCACUAUUAUUUCAAAACUACUUAAACCUUUCUGAAGAUAUCCAAUUUAAUUACAGGAGCUUGACAAUGAACAAAAAACUUACAAUCGACUUCAUACCCGAAAUAUGUGAAACCAGCAUCCAAAUAAAAAAAUGAACUUUUAUUUAGAUAAUGAUUUGUGAAUCCGGAAAUGUGUGACUGCCAAUUUAUGUACAGGGCAUUCAUUAUUCAAUUAUAUAUUUUAUGAUUAAAUUUAGGAUUCAAAUUAUUGGCUUCAAUCUUCAGCGUUUGUAACCAAAAAUUAGUGGUAGUUUUUUGCCCUUUCUGUCAACAGUCAUUGAUUAUUAUUUAACAACCACUUUGACGUUUCAGAUGGAAAACGUUGAGCUCUGAUUCAAACCUAUUAAUAUUAUGCAUAAAUUAUUUACUGAAGUGGCCAAAAUAAUGCUGAUUCAUUGACACAAAAUGAUAACCAUUCGAUUAUUUAUAUAUUUAUUUGUAUUUGUUUUAUGAAGAAUGGUACUUGUAUCAUCAAACAAGAGGCAAGACUUCUAAACUAGAAAACUUAUGUGAUGAUUGGUACUUUAUACUUUAAAUAAAAAAGUGUUAUAAUGACUUAAA